GCCGCCCCGGCGGGCCGGCGUGCUGGUGGGGCGGGGGCGCUGCGAGGGGGGCGGACCGGGAAGGCCGCACCUCGCAGGCCUGGAGUGUGAGCCCCGCAGCGUCGGGGGCAGCUCGGCCUCGCCGGAGUGGGGAAACCGAGGCAGGGCGGCGGCGAGGCGGGGCCUGCGGCCGGCCCCUGCGAUCCGCGGACGCCGCGCCGCCCGGCUCUCGCUUACGCCCGGCUGCUGCUUCUCCCCUUCGGAGGUGACCCCAGACGAAGGAGGAUGAGCUGUGGCUGUCGGGGGACAGUGGAUGGAGGGCAGCUGCUGCUACAGAGUCCCCUCUGGGGCUGCUGAUGGCCGGGAGGAGGGCGCUAGUCAGGCUGGGCGCUUGCCUGCCUCCCCCUCCAGAGAUGCUCUCGAGGGUAUUGGGGAGACGAUCUUCCCUUCCCCGUCGAUUUUAGACUUGAGUCAAAGUGGUCUGCACCAUUUGGGAGAGGCCUUUAAAAUCCCCACCCUUCAGCAAUUGCAUCUUCAGAGGAACGACCUCUGCCUGAUUCCUCAAGAUUUCUUUCAGUUGCUGCCAAACCUCACCUGGCUGGACCUCCGGUAUAACAGAAUCAAGGCACUUCCCUCCGGAAUUGGAUCUCACAAGCAUUUGAAAACUUUGCUUUUAGAGAGAAAUCCUAUCAGAAUGUUACCUGUGGAGCUGGGGAAUGUGACUACUCUAAAAGCACUGAACUUGAGACACUGUCCUCUGGAAUUCCCGCCUCUAGUGACAGUGCAGAAGGGCUUGGCCGCCAUCCAGACCUUCCUGCGGAUCUGCGCGGCGGAACAUUCCCUCCCCAGAGACUCAACUUCUCAAGAGAUUUCACCAAUUAAAAAGAUGCACCUAAGCGGCCUUCCAAGUCCUGUGUUGGAAUUACCCGGAGAAUAUGUGUCUAAGGAAGAAACCAUCCACCCUCAGGAUCCAAAGGGGGCUGUGUUAAAAGAAAAGGCAGACUUUUUCCCACCUGUUGAAAAGCUAGACCUGCGUGAACUCAGAAAGUCCUCUGAUUCUUCUGAGCACUGGCCCAGUGAGGAGGAGAUCAGGCGCUUUUGGAAGCUGAGGCAGGAGAUUGUUGAGAAUGAAAAAGCAGAAGUUCUUGAAAAUCAGCUCUUACCGGUGGAAUUGCCUCCAAAUCUCAAGGCAGCAUUAAACAGCGAGAAAGGGCGUCCGAAGCCAACACACGUUUUCAGAAGGAAGAUGCCCUCCUUCAGGAACGUCUUGCCUGAUCUGUCGUCGUCGUACCAGACGGUGAUUCGCGCGAAAGCCCUGGAAGAGCGUCGCGCGGCGGCCUUCAGGGAGCUGCAGGAGAAGCGGGCUCUGAUGGAGCAGCGGAGGCGGGAUGCGCAGGUGCUGUGGGAGUGGCGGCAGCAGGCCCAGGCGAAGAAGAAGCAUGCGGAAGAGCUCGGCAGACGCCUGCCUCGGCGAAGGAGUGUGGUGGCGUCACAGAUACCCUUUGCCACAGAUCUGACAUAUGAUGGGACAACAGCAGUGACUCCACUUGGAAAGAUGAAACAGAGCAAAGAGAAAGUGUCACAAGCAAGUAAGGAAACGAGUGCCCUCAGGGCGGGGGGCUUGGAAGAGAGGAUCAGACAGCACAUGCGCCAGGUGCAGGAGCGGCGGAGCUGGUGCCCUGGGGCGGCCCCGCUGGAGGAGAUGAGAAAGGCCUACCACGAUUUGGAGACUGCCAGGAAGCUCCAGGAUGAGGUCACGAAACUGAAGCUGAGAUGGACCCUGAACAAGGAGCCGCAGCUGGCAGCUCUCACUGGCAACCCGGCUCCUCGCCCACCAGCGUCACAGCCUCGGAAUAUUUUUUGACACGAAAUAUUAAGAAUCGGAAAACGUUUGUCCAUACCAGUGACAGACAGACAGUGACCGCACUGAGGGAGUCGUCUUCAGACAGGACAAACCGGUCACCGUGGUUUCCUUCCUAGUGUCAUCCCAGGGCGGCGGGGGCGUGCUAGGGCCAGUGCCCUUCUUAUAGUUUAUUUCACAGCCUGUUUGGGUUUUGUUUUUUAAACAAAUCUGUGUUCCUUUUCUGAGGCCGUAGAAGGUUUUAAGCUGCAUUAAAAGAGAAUACUGUAAACAAGCCA